AUGCCUGGGAAGAGUGUGUUGGAGCACGCGGUGGAGUUUGUGGACGUUUACGUGCCGCAGUGGUUUGCGCGGGAGCAAAGCGACCCGCUGUUCAUCUACGUUUCUGGUCCUCAGGGGUCCGGGAAGACCAGGGCAAGUGCUGAGCUGUGCGCGCACUUGAAGGCGAAGUACGCUGGGCAGUACAACGUUGCCUGUGUGUCUAUUGAUGAUUUCUACCUGACUCACGCGGACCAGUUGAAGUUACAAGAGCAGUAUUCCGGGAACGAGUUGUACAGGGGCCGUGGGAUGCCAGGGACGCACGACAUGCCACUUCUGAACAGAGUGUUGCAAGCCGUGUUGCAGCGGCGUGGGGACCAGCAGGAAAGUGGUGACGGUGAUGGCGAGGAGUCCGCGUACGUGCACCUGCCGCAGUACGACAAGUCGCUGCAUGGCGGUGCUGGUGACCGGCUGAGUUGUGAGAGGAGGGUCCCCGUGCCCGUGGACAUCUUCAUCCUCGAAGGUUGGUUUCUCGGGUUCAACCCUAUCCUGAGCGGACGGUCUGGUCCGGAGACAGAGACCCCGCUGGCCGGGGAUAUGGUGGACGUGAAUGCGAAGUUGUUCAUGUACAGCGACCUGAUGUGGAACAACCCUGAGAUCCACUCGCUUGGGAUCGUGCUUGCGGCGGAUCAACUGGAUGACGUGUACUUGUGGCGAGUGGAACAAGAGCACGAGACCGUGAGGGAGAGCCCCAAUGGAGAGGGGAUGACGGAUGACGAGGUACGUGCGUUCGUUGAUCGGUACAUGCCUUGCUACAGGCUGUACUACGAGCCCUUUGUACGGAGUGAGCGUCUAGGGUCAGUAGCGACGCUCACUUUGGGGAUUGAUGCCUCGAGGGUCGUGUUUGGGAGUAAGACGAGGUGCAUUGAGUGA